AUGACGAGUUACUGGACACCGCACCAGUAUAUUGGCAGUAUAAUUCUUAUAACCCUUCACAAAGAAUUCAAAACUCUUUUAGGCCCAUCAGGACACUCAGGGUCAACUUUUAUCUUUGUCUCUCUAUUCUCAUUAAUUUUAUUCAAUAAUUUUAUAGAAGACACACCACAAGCGGCUAUGCCAUUAAAAUUAAAAAUUGACGAGACUGAAGAAACUAUUAGUAAUAUCAUUCGACCUGGAACUCUAGCUGUUCGACUAGCAGCUAAUAUAAUUUCAGAACAUUUAUUACUUACUCUCUUAGGAAAUACAGGGCCCUAA